AGUUUUAUUCGUGUCAGAGCGUUAGUAGUAGUCAUAUGUGUAGAAUAUUCAGCGUUGGCGGUACUUUUCAGUGAACCCUUAGCUCCCUUCAGUGCGAUUCCCGUACGUACAGCCGUCUGGUUCAUCAACACAGCUGCAAUACCGCAAAGCUAAAUUUAGUGCUGUAGCGUCUCGCAACUAGUACACAGCAUCACACGUGCUUCGCGCUCGCUGGUGGUGAAUCCGCGCGUCCCGGAACUUUAUGUGCGAAACGGCCGGACCUGCGUACCUAUGCGAGAUCGCCGGAGCACCUUCACCAAAGAGUACAUAAACAACGUCGUCAACCCCCUCGGAACUCGCCCCAGCCGCCCCACGGAAAACCACAACAUUUCCCGCAACGCCGACGAGCGCGCCGCCCCUUCUGAUCCCGAAGAUCAGAAGACCAUGCUGAUGCCCGGCGCCGGACUGCCCGCCGCCAGCGAGGCCGACACCCUGGGCCUGGGCGGCCUCGGCGUGCUGGCCAACUCGAACGCCGCCACCGCGACCGCCAACACCGGCGUGCAGCAUAAGGACACCACCUGGACCAAGCUCUUCGUCGGCGGCCUGCCUUACCACACCACCGACCAGUCGCUCCGCGAGCACUUCUCCGUCUACGGCGAGAUCGAGGAGGCCGUCGUCAUCACGGACAGGCAGACCGGAAAGAGCCGCGGCUAUGGAUUCGUAAUUAUGGGAGAUAAGUCCUCAUCAGACAGAGCAUGUAAAGACGCCAAUCCUAUUAUUGACGGACGAAAAGCGAACGUAAAUUUGGCAAUUCUAGGAGCAAAACCUCGAGGAAAUGUUCAAACGGGGUUCCCGUUUCAAGGAAUCCGGGCAGGCUACCCCGCACUUCUUCCGGGCCAGUACGGAAUGCCACCUGGUUACGUGUACCAGUCACCCUACCUGACUGCCGCUGCUCCUGGAAGUUUAGUUCCACUUCCAGCGACCCAGCUAACCCAUGCUGCUGCCGUAGCUGCAGCCACAUCGCAGUUUUAUGAAUAUCAAAAUGCCGCCGCCGUCGCUGCUGCCGCCGCCGCCCCCUAUACGGGCCAGUAUACGAAUGGAUUUGACGCCUAUACUCCGUAUACGGGAGCCGCAGGGGCAGCAGGAUAUUUACCUUACACUUAUACACUCCCUCAAACACCUGGCCUCCCGGCAGCGACAGCAGGAGCUUUUCCUGCAAUACCUUACCAAACGGCCGCUCAAGCACAAACUUUGCAGGAAGCAAGGUUACAAUAAUCAUGUUGCUAUAAUUAUACGAGCACAUCCGUGUGUAAGUUUUAUUUUUCUGUAAAAAUAGCAAUUUAUUACAACUUACGCCAUCUAUUGACAAUACUAUAAGUAACGUAAAGAGGAAUACUGCAACUGUGUUACAGACGUGCCACAGUGUUACAAUUUCAAAAACAGUCACAUAUUCAUGGAAAUUGUAGAUUUAAUACAGUUAGACUUUGGUUGUUUAAGACAAUUUUUUUCAAAUUAUUUUUAGUAAUCAUAAAUUCCACUUAGUUACCAUUAUGAGUUAAGUAAUAAUGCUCAAUGAAUAUAACAGACUUCGAUUGCUCCUACUUUUGCAGAAAGUUUUUGUUAUCACUGCAAAAGAAAGUGCAAUAACUUAAAAUAAGAAGUAGAUAGCAAAUUAAAUUAUAUAGUAGUCUAGUCCUUUACAUGUAUCCUAUUAUACUUUAGUUGUAAUUUAGAAUAUAAUUUUAGAAGUAGUUGUAGUUAAAUAAAGAUGUGCAUUUCAGAAACUAUCACAGAACUUUUAUAAAUAAAUUAAAUUAAAAUUGGUGCUGGUGGCGUUCAAACUUUUUGAUCAGAUUCAAAGACACAGUUGAUUUCAUCAAAUAUUUUGAGCCACCAACCCUGUACCUGUUAUACCUAUCUGUGUAUCGUAAAUGUGCUCUUCACCGUCAAAAAGUUAAUGUUGUAGAAUUUUAGAAUGAAAAUUGAUGUCAUCCACAAAAUUAAAAGAAAAGCACGUCGUACUUAAAAAGAAUAAGUGAAAAGGAAUAUAUUUUGUGAUACAAAAUUUCUGAGUCACAUUCUCUUCUAGCUCGAUUUGUAAUAUAUAAUGUAAGUGUACAGAUGCACAAGAGAUAUUCUGUAUAGAUUACUUACCCAAAAAUUGAAUCUCUAUUUUUCUUCCAAAGCACAGUAGAUUGUUGUGUGGAAGUUACAUAUAUACAUUUUCACUCAUUACAAAUACCCAUUUUAGUAGUUUAUACUUUUAUUAAAAAUUUCUUUCUUUGCGUUGUGUUGAAAUAGUAUUCUGGUCAAUAGCAAUUAAGUUAUUUAGUCACAAUUCAAAAAAAUGCAAAGAAAGAGACUUGUAAUAUUUACAGUGUUCCUUAAAGGGUAUUGGCAGGCAGUUAAAAUUUUACCAACAUUUAGUGCCUUCAUCGAGUUGUUUGUGAUAGAAACUGUAUUCUCUAGUCAAUUCUUGUCAAUACGUUCCGUCCAGCUGACUAGUGCCCAUAAAAACUGCCGCGCCUUUAAUUAUUGAGUUCGUGAAGAUGUAUAUACUUAAAAGCAUGCAAUACUACUAGUAAGGCCCCAUCAAAAUACUUUGUUUUUUAGAACAUUUUGUCCUAAUUUUAAAAGUAUAUUUAAAAAAAGCAAAUCUUUCAAGGAUUCUACCCUGUUUUUAUCAAACGUGAAUAAGAUUUCGUCCAAAAAAAUUCACCACUUAAAAUUCGCCUUUGGUGCAUGAGACUGUGCUGAAAUUCACUUCGUUCAGUGAGAUUUACGAAUCCCUUGAAAACACGCCUUUUUGCCCUGUUUUUUGUUGGGCCACUUCAGCACAAAAAGUUCUCAUAAGCGAAGUGAAUUCACAGUCCUGUUUUAGUGACAUAUUUGUAAUUCAUUACGUACCAACUCAUCAAUUAGGUUUUUCUUUUCGAUUUAGAAAGGAGUUGUUUGCUAAUACAGCAGUCAUGGACGUAAAAAAUCAUUAAAUGGAAGUAGAAUUAUUAAAAAAUCAUAUGAAAAUGUAUAGCAUACCUUAGGUGAAUCACAGACGAUUAAUUAGUUUUAUUAUUUGUAAUGUAAUUGUAAUUUGUAAUUUCUAAUAACUAGUACACAGUAAUUGCACAUUACUGUGUACUAGUUGUGUUUUAUUUUUGUUAUAUGUAAUUAUAAGAUAUUUAUAUUCU